AGGUGGUUGCUGUAUAUGGAACUUUAUCUGAUUUGCUUUCUGUGGCCAGCAGUAAACUCGGCAUAAAAGCCACCAGUGUGUAUAAUGGGAAAGGUGGACUGAUUGAUGAUAUUGCUUUGAUCAGGGAUGAUGAUGUUUUAUUUGUGUGUGAAGGAGAGCCAUUUAUUGAUCCUCAGACAGAUUCUAAACCACCUGAAGGAUUAUCAGGAUCCCACACAGACUGGCUAACAUUAAAUGUUGGAGGGCGGUACUUUACAACCACACGCAUUACUCCUACCAGGUUAUAGCAUGCAUCUUUUUGAGAGAGCAGCUGGGAUCGAGUAUACUCUUGACUUAAAUAUGUUUGUUUAUAAAGACAAAUGGAGAAAUCAAUUUUUUUCCCUGAAUUCUUAGGAGCACUUUAGUGAACAAAGAACCCGACAGUAUGCUGGCCCACAUGUUUAAGGACAAAGGUGUCUGGGGAAAUAAGCAAGAUCAUAGAGGAGCUUUCUUAAUUGACCGAAGUCCUGAGUACUUUGAACCCAUUUUGAACUACUUGCGUCAUGGACAGCUCAUUGUAAAUGAUGGCAUUAAUUUGUUGGGUGUGCUAGAAGAAGCCAGAUUUUUUGGUAUUGAUUCAUUGAUUGAACACCUGGAAGUUGCAAUAAAGAAUUCUCAACCACCAGAGGAUCAUUCACCAAUAUCCCGGAAAGAAUUCGUGCGAUUUUUACUCGCAACACCAACUAAGUCAGAAUUGCGAUGCCAGGGUUUGAACUUCAGUGGUGCUGAUCUUUCUCGUUUGGACCUUCGAUACAUUAACUUUAAAAUGGCCAAUUUAAGCCGCUGCAAUCUUGCACAUGCAAAUCUUUGCUGUGCAAAUCUUGAACGAGCUGAUCUCUCUGGAUCAGUGCUUGAUUGUGCAAAUCUCCAGGGAGUCAAGAUGCUCUGUUCUAAUGCGGAAGGCGCAUCCCUGAAACUGUGUAAUUUUGAGGAUCCUUCUGGUCUUAAAGCCAAUUUGGAAGGUGCUAAUCUGAAAGGUGUGGAUAUGGAAGGAAGUCAAAUGACAGGAAUUAACCUGAGAGUUGCUACUUUAAAAAAUGCAAAGUUGAAAAACUGUAACCUCAGAGGAGCCACUCUGGCAGGAACUGACCUAGAGAAUUGCGAUCUGUCUGGGUGUGAUCUUCAAGAAGCCAACCUGAGGGGGUCCAACGUGAAGGGAGCUAUAUUUGAAGAGAUGCUGACACCUCUCCACAUGUCCCAAAGUGUCAGAUGAGAAUGUUGGGGGCUGGAGGAAGAUGUGCAAGAUGAACGUGUUUUCUUUAUCACUUUUCUUUCUCCACCCACUCAGUUGUCUAGAAGAAAUAACACUGUAAGGGAAU